AUUCCCAUUUCAAAUCCUUCCUCUUUUUUUCUUCUCACUAUCCGUACACAAAACAUAACAUAAACAUAACAUAGCCACAUAUAGCUAAACCCAACACACUCCAGUUCGGUUUAGUCUUAAGACUUCAUUUUUUUUUUUCUCUAUCUGUCUACUUGCCUUCUAAUUAAUUUGUCUCUGCAGCUUUUGACGUUCUCUUAGCAGACAUUAAAGCUCUUUACCUUACUUAAACUAUACCCUUCCUGUCUUCUUAUUGCAUGUUUAUUACUCUCUUCUUUCACUUAGAUUCACUAUAAAUCCCCCACUUCCCCUUCUUGUGUUUUACUCUCAAUUAUUAUUUAGCAUGUAUAGGAAAGAUAGAUCUUUAAGAGAAAAUAAUACUCUUCCUCAGAGGAGAAGAACUCCUUCUUUCUCUUCUUCUCUUCUUGAUGCUAUUUACCGUUCCAUUGAUGACUCAAAUAACGGUACUAGUGGUGAGUUGAGUUUUCAUAGAGAGAAAACCAUGUUGAAAAAACAGAGGAAUUAUAGCACUGUCAAGCAGGGUGGUUCUCUCGAUAAAAAAUCUAAUGCUGGACGGGCGAUUAUGAUUGAGAACUGGAUGGAGAAGCAAAAUAGUCUUGGCUGCUCCUUGCAUUUCAACAAUUCUACUUCCAGCUCCUCGGAUUCUAGCUCUACUGGAGGUUUGUUCUCUUCCUCUGAAGCAGAGUCUUCAAGUUAUAAAGAGAAAUCCAGAAGAUCGAAACCCGUUCGAUACUCCAUGAAAUGUAUGCAGUUUGAGCAGAGGAACGAAGAAAACCAUGCUCAACAAACGCCAAAGCGUGAAGGUGGUGGAUUCACAAAGACCAAGCUCAAAGCUAUGAAAAUAUACGGUGAGUUAAAGAAAGUGAAGCAGCCCAUUUCACCAGGUGGCCGCAUCACGAGUUUCUUGAACUCUAUUUUCAGUUCAGGAAAUGCAAAGAAAGUAAAUGUGUGCACUGUUAAGGCUAUGGAAGACGUGAAUUUCGAUCGAAAAUCAAAGUCUACAUCUUCAUCGGCUUCAAGAUCUUGUUUGAGCAAAACACCAUCUUCCACCAGAGGUAAAUACAGUUCUAGCAAUGGCGGCAUGAAAAGGUCAGUUAGAUUUUAUCCCGUUAGUGUCAUUGUCGAUGAAGAUAGCAGACCUUGUGGCCAUAAAUGUAUUUAUGAAGAUGAUCCAAGUUUAAUGCCAUUACCGACUUCUCAUCAACAAAUUCUCAAGAAUUGUUCGUUUAAAGAGGACCUGAAGAAGAACGAGACUGGAGUUGGCACACUAUUAGCCCAAGAUUAUCUCAGGAGUAGUUAUAAUCCUAAGAAGAAGGGUAUUGGUGAAUUCGUUUCAAGAGGGUUUGUUGAUGAAGAAGAUGUUGAAGAAGAAGAAGAUGAUGCUUUGAGUUAUUCAAGUUCUGAUCUCUUUGAGCUCGAUCAUCUUAUUGGAAUCGGAAGGUACAGAGAGGAGUUACCGGUUUAUGAAACUACUAAUUUGAAAACAAAUCAGGCCAUUGCAAAUGGAUUUAUUUUGUAGUUUUAAUCAAUUAUUGCGUUAAUCAAUGUAAUUAAUUAAUGAU